GAAACUGCGGGCGGCUGCGGAGCGGCAGCGAAAGCAAAGGAGAAAUCUCCAGCUAGACACUGGGCACCAGAAUCCUGACCACAGACUCAGAACUUUUACAGGUUGCACCGUGACGCCCCCUCCCCGCCCCUUUUGCUCUCAAGUCCUCACGCAACACAAAAGGCUUUGCCUUUCCCGCUGCAGGAAGGGAAAAUAGUUGGAAGCAGCAGGUGCAGAAAGAUUGGGGUCUCCUGCUUCCUAGAACCAACCGUGACUGGAGGACUUUUUUUCCCUCUUCCAGUUUAAAGAAAUGCUGUCUCCAGAUUUCUGGACUCAGAUGCUUCCUGAAGCUUGAAAGUGGAGGAAUUCAGAGGCACCAGGGGCAGGCAGACAGCACAUCUAGAAGCGUUUAUCUUCUGAGCACCAAGCCCUGCUUGCAAAAAAAAAGUCCUGCCAAGAAAGAACAUUCUGCCCUCUUGUCUGACUUAAGCUGGACCCUGAGCCCUAGUCGCCUGCCACAGGACUUACUGCAAAAGGGGUGUGUGUACAGAGAGGACUUUACAGCCUAGCUGCAAAAUGGACAACGUCCUUUCGAUGGACUCAGACCUCUUCCCAAAUAUCUCCACUAACACCUCAGAGCCCAACCAGUUCGUGCAGCCAGCUUGGCAAAUUGUCCUUUGGGCAACUGCCUACACGGUCAUCGUGGUGACCUCCGUGGUGGGCAACGUAGUGGUGAUGUGGAUCAUUUUAGCCCACAAGAGAAUGAGGACAGUCACCAACUAUUUCCUGGUGAACUUGGCCUUUGCCGAGGCCUCCAUGGCUGCAUUCAAUACCGUGGUGAACUUCACCUACGCUGUGCACAACGAGUGGUACUAUGGCCUGUUCUACUGCAAGUUCCACAACUUCUUCCCCAUUGCUGCUGUCUUCGCCAGUAUCUACUCCAUGACUGCUGUGGCCUUUGAUAGGUACAUGGCCAUCAUCCAUCCCCUCCAGCCCCGACUGUCGGCCACAGCCACCAAAGUGGUCAUCUGUGUCAUCUGGGUCCUGGCUCUCCUGCUGGCCUUCCCCCAGGGCUACUACUCAACCACAGAAACCAUGCCCAGCAGAGUCGUGUGCAUGAUCGAAUGGCCAGAGCAUCCCAACAAGAUUUACGAGAAAGCGUACCACAUCUGUGUGACUGUGCUCAUCUAUUUCCUCCCCCUGCUGGUGAUCGGCUACGCAUACACGGUGGUGGGAAUCACGCUAUGGGCCAGUGAGAUCCCUGGAGACUCCUCUGACCGAUACCAUGAGCAAGUCUCUGCCAAGCGCAAGGUGGUCAAAAUGAUGAUCGUUGUGGUCUGCACCUUUGCCAUCUGCUGGCUGCCCUUCCACAUCUUCUUCCUGCUGCCCUACAUUAAUCCUGAUCUCUACCUGAAGAAGUUUAUCCAGCAGGUCUACUUGGCCAUCAUGUGGCUGGCGAUGAGCUCCACCAUGUACAACCCCAUCAUCUACUGUUGCCUCAACGACAGGUUCCGUCUGGGCUUUAAGCACGCCUUCCGGUGCUGCCCCUUCAUUAGUGCCGGUGACUAUGAGGGACUGGAGAUGAAGUCUACCCGGUACCUCCAGACCCAGGGCAGUGUGUAUAAAGUCAGCCGCCUGGAGACCACCAUCUCCACAGUAGCAGGGACCCACGAGGAGGAGCCAGAGGAUGGCCCCAAAGCCACACCUUCAUCCUUGGACCUGACCUCCAAUGGCUCCUCUCGCAGCAAUUCCAAGACCAUGACAGAGAGCUUCAGCUUCUCCUCCAAUGUGCUGUCAUCCUAGGCCACAGGACCUUCAGCAGGGGCAGCACCCAUCUUUGUCCUGCUUCACUGCAUGCAUAGAUAUUUCCAUCACAAGCACCCUAAUAUUCAGGCUGGUGGAAAGGAUCAGCAUAGGUUAGGGAAAACAUUCCAUCCUUGAGUCUGAAAAUCUGGAUUCUUGCCUGUCUUCACCACCUCCACAUUGUGCCACUCAAAGCAAAUCAUUAAACUUUGCUAAACCUAUAAAAUGAGGAGGUUGGACUAGAUUUUCCCUAAAGCCCAUUCCAUGAUUCUAGAUGUGACUUUGCUAAAUGUGGGCACUCAUUUCAGGUUG